AUGUUGGUCAGAAUUACCGUCCAACGGUUGCACGUUGGACGGAAAAUUGAAUUGACCGCAUGGAUAACAACAUCUAGUGUUAUUUUCGACAAAAUAUAUUCCAAAUCCAGGUUGUAUGAGACAGGUUUACGCCAGUAUAAUCCAGGUGCCACUAAUGAGGAGAUUGACCAGGAAGUUGAGAGGAGUUUUGCUAGCUGGUUUAGAGAUUAUGUAUACAAUCUUGCAAAUAAUGUGGGAAACCAAGCCUUGAUUGAUUUGGCAUGUGGCCCACUAAUGCAAGCCACUACAUAUAACGGAGAUUGUUGAAGUGGAGUAUCCAAAUAUUCCAUUAAAGAAGGUGGUGCUUUUUAAUUGCGAAUGGUUUGACCCAACCCCAAAUA